ACCGAAUAUAGCUGUGGACACUGGUGGCGCCAUUUGUAUUGGUUUCAUACAUACAUACAUUAUUUUUAACUCAGUCGGCUGCGACCCCUCAUUUAUCCCGGAAAACUCGGCUCCAGCUUGAACCGGACUAUCAGUUCAAUGCACCCACGAUGGUCACCUCCGCCCCAGUUACAUAUCCGUUUGUGUGGAUAUUCGGGAUUUCAACUGUUAUCGUUCUUCUCAUUGUCGUCUUCAUCUGUAUCCGAAGAAAGAAGAAAAAGUAUAAGUUCCUUGGAAGCAUGGACAUUGCAACAGUCUUUGGACAGAUCACAGCAGAAGACAACGCUGAAAUGCGAGCAAACGAGCCAGACCCUUUGUUAUGCCCAUCUGGUGCUUCUGGAAACGCUGCUCAACACGCGAACAAGCGUGAACCAACAGCCUCGGGGAGCUCUAAGAGAACUGAGAGUAAGUCGUGUUUUGCAAAUCAGCAACCAGCGGUGAACAUGGGUGGUUGUCGUCAGAAAAGUAAGUCAACAUUUCAUGCUACGUUACGAGACUUUAACGUCGAGACUAGCCCAGAGAAUGGCACUGCCAAAAAUUCCAAGCCUAACAGAGGUCCCAGAAGCGACUAUGAGGGAAUAUAUCUGAAACAUCCUAAUCGUAAUCCUUACAAAUCUAGGCCGCUCCCACAAAUUCAACCUUCACAGUUGAUAUUAACAGAAGAAGAAAGGGCAUCCCUUCCAGAAAAUGCUCUGAGAAGAUUGCAAUCACAGUCACUAAAGCACAACCUAGUCUCUAACUUUCAUGCAGACCCUGCGAAUCGUCCUCAGUCCGUUUCUACUGAGCACGUCCCAAAGAAUCUAUCUAAGCAGACUUAUAAGUCUCGUAAAGGUAACCAGAAAAAUACUCUACCAAUGGCGAAUUCAUCUAACAUGGCAAGGCGUCCUCUUCCACCAAUUCAAAUGGAUGGAAACAAACCACUUUUGCAGUCAGACAAGAACAUGAAAAAACAGGAGACUCCAGGUGAAAAGAGGAUAAUGUGCGUUAAACCUCUUCGUCCAGAACAGUUUGCGGUCAGCACUGAUUCCGUUGGCAAUCCUGCAGGGCUUAAAGGAUCACCAUCUGCCAAAAAGAAAACAAAAAACAAAAAACCAAAAGAUAUUUCUUUUGAAUUUCCAAAGAAGCCAAAAUCCUACGGAAAUACGAAAGGAGAUAAUAUUAACAAACCACAAGUAAAGGAGGAUUCAACAAAGACUCUCAAACUCGAUCGAGAUCGUAGCAAUAGAGCUCUCGAGUCCCCACAACAGGUAUAUGCACUGAAAUAUAUCCCUGAUAAUUACUCUGACGCGCCUAAGAAUCAACAAGUAGAUUACCAGAGACGCAAUAUUCUUAGUGGCACUUCUGAAGAUGGUCAGAAUGAACAGAGGACCACGCAACUAACACCGUCAGGUUCUAGUAAGUCAAGUCCAAGUCAUUUCACUGUUGAAGGAAAGUCAAAUACGACUGCAAACUUGUUCAAGUAUUUCUCUGAAGACAUAACACUACCUUCAAAUGAACUGGAAGCAGACCCGUCACGAUCUGUACAGACUGAAGGACAAUCUGAAACACACAAUCUGAUGAAGCCAAAUGGCAAAACAGAAGAAGACGCGACAGUACAGCUCUUAACAAAUGGUUUACCCAAUACAGGACCAUCAGUUGCCAAAAUCUCAUCCAUUGAACAAUCAACAGUGGAUAAUACUGAACAUGUUCUCAGUGCUCAUAACUCAAAUGGCAAAAUGUCGAAGAACAAAGACAUGUCGCAAGCCAUAUCAAGUGAUCCACAUAACCUUGGUGUCCCCAAAAAUGACCAACCCAAAGAUGCCUUAUCGGCUGAAGUUGAAAAUGAACCCGAACUACAACUCACACCCAAAGACGUGCUAGAAACGAAGACACCAGAGCUUCAGGUACUAAAAUCAGCACCUGAGGACCCAGUUUCACUGAAAUCGCCCGAUACCAAAGCGCCACUGGCAACAGAAGAUGUGUAUGAGUCAGGCAAUGUUAAGGCAGAGAUGCAACCAAGUCUGAGACCUGCGAAUAAAGAAGGAAAGCUUGAUAAACCAAAGGAUGCGAAGCCCAAGGCGAAGGUUUUCUCCAUUCCAAGGGGAGGUAGUGGCAUGUUAGGGGAUCUUUGUCAGUUGUAGCCGCAACAAAAGAAAACCAGAUACAGUACAUAUACAUGGCAGGGGUAACACGCCCGAGUUAUGACUGGCUUGGUGGAUAUAAAUAAUAUGCACCAGUGCAAUAUAUGUCCGUCAAAAGAUUGUAUCAAUGGAUAGACAGGAUAUACACUAGUGCAAUAUAUGUGAAAUUUACUAUAAUUGAUGGAUAUACAUGAUAUGCACUAGUGCAAUAUAUCUUCGCUUAAUGAGGGGAUCUAUGGAUAUAAAUAAUAUGCACCAGUGCAAUAUAUGUCCGUCAAAAGAUUGGAUCAAUGGAUAUACAUGAUAUACACUAGUGUAAUAUAUUUGAAAGUACUGGCUGGAUUGAUGGAUACACAAGAUAUGCACUAGUGCAAUAUAUGCCCGUCUAAUGACUGGAUCGGUGAUUAUUCAUUACAUGCACUUCUGUGGCAUAUGCCAGCGGAAUGUCUAAAUAGGUGGCCAGGUAUUGUAUUGUAUGCCAUAGCGCAAACUAUUCACGUGUAAACACUGCAUUAAUGCACACUAAUAAAAGUGCUUUGACAGUUUUUUGUCCGGAAUUGGAGAUUGGGGACUAAUCAUCUUGGGGGUAAUGCAGUAUUGAUGUUUAGUCAUAUACGGUUAUCGCGUUCGUCUAAUGUGAUGAAAUUCUCUCUGUUUGUAAUAUUGCAAUAAAACAUAUUCAACUACACA